UAAUCCGUAAUCACUAAUCCUGUGGUAGAUACCAAUACCAAAUACUUUAAAGUAUUAAUUAUAUUUUGUAGUUUCCUAUUGAGAAAAUGAUAAUGUCAUAAAUUUGGUGUCUAUUAAUUAUUGCACCCUACUCUUCGGGGUUGUAUGCAAUGUUUGUGCUUGCAAAUUAACGUCUCAAAAAUAAUUGAUUUCAAAAAUCACUGACUGCAGUAGAUACUGAAAAUAAAUACUGUGAAUAUCAUUGCUAAAAGAGCAUUUUAUAUAAAGACUUCAAAACGCCUCAUCAAAACCAAAGACUAACCAUGAGAAAUAAAAAAGACCUUCACCUUGCGGCUUGUAUUGCUGAAUUAGAUACAAUGACAGAAAUACCAGAUAAACUAAAGGAUUUGGAUGUUAUAUCACUAAAUAAAAAAGCUGAAUUGUUGUUUGAAGGAGCCAUGACUGCAAAUAAUGAAAACGAUGAAGAAGUUGUGUAUAUUUAUUUAAUGAAAUAUUGUCAAAUUCUACAAGUUAUGAAAAAAACUUUUACGAAUGAUAAAGAUUAUAUCAAUCUUAUGUACAAAGACAAUUUAAAAAAAGCUAUAAAAAUGUUGACCCAUCUUAAAGAGAGUUUGGAAAAAAGAUAUGAAGAUAAAACAAAAGAAAAAGAUAAUACUAAAUUGAUGAAACAUUCUAAUCAAAACAGAAAACGUUUUGAGGAAAAAUUAAAUUUUGAGUUUGAAAGUACAAUAACUAAUGAAAACUUAUUAUAUCUGUUGGACAAUACAGAUAGAAAAAAGAUUUGUUUGCUUGAUACCAGACCAUCAGAUAUCUUCAAUAAAAAAAAAAUUAUUUCUUGUGAUGUAAUUAACAUACCAAAAGAGAACUUAGUUCUAGGUUUAACACCUGACAUUUUAACAAACAAAUUAGAUGAUCAGUUUAAAGAAAUAUGGAUGAAUAGACACAGUUACAAUUAUAUUGUAAUAUUAGAUCAAGGAACAGAAGAUAUAGAUGAUGAUCAAAGAUUACUUAAUCUCAAAAAUGCCUUACUUAAAUGGGAUACAACUUGUGAUAAUAGUAAAAAAUUAAAAUUUCUCAAGGGCGGUUAUGAAGAUUUUAAUCACUUAUGUCCAUGGAAUACUACUCAAAAUAGUAUAAUAAAAUCAAAUAAGGAUGUUGAACCUCUUUCAGAUAUAGAAUUAGAUCCAGAACCUGAAUAUGAGAAACUUGAAAAUAAGCCGAUUCAAUAUCCAUCUUUGGGUACCGUACAGAAUGAUUUGGCUAAACUAAAAUUUAAAUCAACUUUGUAUAAUGGUUUAACAACAGAUAUUAAAUCAAAGUUGGAUCAUAGAGACAAUUAUUCCAGUGAAGAAGAUAUUGAUUCUCAGGAAUUAACCCAUACACCGAUUAACAAACCACAUGUACCCAUUUUUGAUAGAUCUACAAAGCCACCUGUUAAAAUUAAUCAAUUUGUGAGCCCAGAAUUCAUUAAACCAUUGUAUAAAAAUAAUGAUGAAUUAGAUGACGAAAAUAAUGAAUUACCAAAUAAUAUUGAACAACUAGAAAAUAGAAGAUUAUCACUUGAAAAUGGCUUUUUGGAAAAUGUUGAUUCUUAUGUACACGAAUACAAAAAUCAAGACACAGAUUUAAAUUCAAUUCCACGUAUAGACCGUUCUACCAAACCAUCAGAUGAUCUGCUAAUAGUUUCUAGAACAAAAAUCAUUGGAGGAGAUGGGUUACGAGGAUUACAAAAUUUAGGAAACACAUGUUAUAUGAAUUCAAUACUGCAAUGUUUAAGUAGCACUGAAGAUCUUGUAAAAUAUUUUAUAAACAUUUAUAGUAAAUUCAAUAAUUUUAAAAGUAGAACAAAAGGUUUAGUAGCCAAAGAAUUUAGUAACGUCAUUAAAAACUUGUGGUCACAAUCUGGCAGGAGUUUUCAGUGUCAACAGUUUAAGGAUACAAUUGGAGAAUAUAAAGAUAUGUUCAAACACUAUGAUCAACAAGACUCUCAUGAAUUUUUAACGAUUCUCUUGGAUUGGCUUCACGAUGAUUUAAAUCAACCAGAGGACAAUAGGAUUAUUUUAGGUGCUUCAAAAGAAACUGGCGAAGAAGAUUGGGGAAAUUGGACUAAAGCAAACAAUUCCAUUAUCCAACAACUAUUUUAUGGUCAGCAAAAAUCAACAGUAUCUUGUGACACAUGUUUUGAAAAGUCCGUUACUUUUGAACCAUUUUUAAGUCUUAGUCUACCAUUGCCAUCUGAGGGUAACAGAUGUACUCUUUCAGAUUGCCUUCAGUUAUACUUAAAUGGUGAAUCAAUAUGUGGCUGGCAUUGCCCUAAAUGUAAACGCAGCAGGGAUGCUACAAAAAAAUUAGACAUAAUGAGGCUUCCUCCAUAUUUAAUCAUACAUUUGAAAAGAUUUUCAAGCAAUGGUUACAAAAAGAAUUCAAAUGUUGAAUUCCCUAAAAUGAAUCUGGAUAUGUCAAAUUUUAUCAAUGGUUUAGAACACCGUAAUUGGAAGUACUGUUUAUAUGGUGUAUCAAAUCAUAUUGGAUCACUUGAUGGUGGGCAUUACACAGCUAGUUGUCUUAAAAAUUCAAUAAACAAAUGGUAUAAGUUUGAUGAUGUCCGGGUGUAUGAAAUUGAUUCUUCAACAAUUUGUUCUCCUGAAGCUUAUAUUUUAUUUUAUUGUCGGAAAAAUUAAUUUUUUAAUUAAUAAAACUAACAUGUAUGUAUAGUA